GUGCCUCAGUGUUGCAGACCUGUUAGCAGAGGAGAAAACAAGAGAGGGGAGGAGAGAAGCAACACUGACAGCAGCAAGAAAAGAAGAGACACCUGACAGCAGACAGGAGAAGAGACAGCACACCUGAAUCUGGGGGAUUUAAAGAACACAGCCACAAAUUCUAGACCAGACUGGACAGAUAAAAAAGUAAACAGUGUGGUGGGACAGAGUCGAACAUGAUCUUCCUCCUGUCUUUGUGUGUGCUUGGUCUUCUGCUGCAAGGUGAUGCACAACAGGAUCGAGCUGCUCUCUGGAGGGGGAAUGACCGAAGCGGGCGAUGCCAGUACACCUUCACCGUACCAAGCCCAGUGGAGGCCAGCUGCCCACAAACUGGAGGUCCCGAGGUAGAGGGCCUGAAGGCCAGACUCAGCCUGCUGGAGGUCCUGGUGGCUCGGCUCAGCGGAGGAGACACUCUACAACCGGCGAGGCCCCAGGGCUCCCCGAACAGAGCGCAGCCUGAUCUGCAGGAGGCGCUGAACCAGGCCAUGGGGGAGAGGAACCUGCUGCGUGGAGAGAAGGAGCGCCUGGAAAGGGAGCUGGAAGGGCUUCAGCGCCGGAUGGAAGAGAUGAGGAGGGAGACGGAGAGACUGAGGAACAGACCGUGUCCUCCCCAGACCCCCAUGGUGCAACCUAACCUCGCUCUGGACAGGGGCUCAGUGAGACCGGCUGCUGGAUCCAACCCCAUGUCUCACCUGAUGUCCAGGCCCAACAGGCAGGAAGACAGCAGCAGUCUGAGAGAUUCAGCCUGGCAGUACGGAUCUCCAGGCUUCCAGGAGCUGAAGGCUGAGGUGACGGAGGUACCUGCCCCUGAUGGCAACGAGGACAGCACAGGCUGCGGGCAGCUGGUUUCAGUUGGCGAUCCAGUCACUCACAGGAGGGCUGACAACAUUGCAGGUAAAUACGGUGUUUGGAUGCAGGACCCCGAGGCCGUUUCCCCUUACGGGCCCAGUAUGGUGUGGCGCAUCGACACCGUUGGCACUGAGGUCAGGCAGCUGUUUGGAUAUGACGACAUGGAGCAGCUCUCUAAAGGCUUUCCAUCCAAGGUCCUGCUGCUGCCCGAGCUGGUAGAGAGUACCGGAGCCACUCUGUAUCGAGGGUCCCUGUACUACCAGAGACGCCGCAGCCGCACCCUCAUCCGCUACGACCUCUCAUCUGAGAGCAUCGCCGCCCGGCGUGACCUUCCCCACGCCGGCUUCCACGGCCAGUUCCCCUACUCCUGGGGCGGCUACACGGACAUCGACCUGUCUGUUGACGAGAGGGGUCUCUGGGCGGUCUACUCCACCAGCAAGGCCAAAGGGGCGAUUGUGAUUUCUCAGCUGGAUCCUCACAGUCUGCAGGUGAAGAAGAGCUGGGAGACCAACGUGAGGAAGAACUCCGUGGCCAACUCCUUCAUCAUCUGCGGCAAGCUGUACACCGUGGCCAGCUACGCGUCCCGCGACACCCUCAUCAACUACAUGUACGACACUGAAACCAGCCAGGGCAAGACCGUCGCCAUCCCCUUCAAAAACAAGUACGGCUACAACAGCAUGGUGGACUACAGCCCAGCCCAGCGGAAGCUGUUCGCCUGGGACAACUUCCACAUAGUGUCCUACGACCUCCGGCUGGGUCGCCAGCAGGCCGCCUGAGGCCGACACGCGUGACUGUUGAAAAGUGACGUUUGCUCACCUGUUCCUGCUUCAGAGACUCACCGCUUCAGAGCAAAGGCAGCAGUAGCCAGAAAGCCAACGCUGUCAGUAUUCAUGAGUAGAACAGCCUAAAUACCAAAGUCCAAAGUGAAAAAAGACGUUUGAGGAACAGUGUACCCAGCAGGUCUGCUUUUUUUUGUUUGUUUGUUUGUUUGUUUGUUUUUUCAGUGGAAGGGCUUUUUGCUGUGGCAUGGUCCACAAAAAUGUUUUUAGAGGAAUUAUUUUUGUACCGCCUUUAAUCCAGAUGUAAGAUUUUUAAUAUUUUUCUUUGUUGAGCUGUAUGUAGUUGAGGUCUGAAGGAUGAAGCUUAGUUCAAUUUUACUAGUGAAGUGGGAUAAUCAACGCAAACAGUUUCCAACCCGCACUAGAUCCCGUGGUGCCACGCGCCCUACAAUGUCUCACCUGUUAUCAAACACAACUGCACUCUCACUUAGCAUGUGUUGAAUAUUGCAUGUUGUUGUACAUUGUAGUCAGCAUAGUGACAUAUUGUUCAAAAUCGUCAUGAAAUAAACUUUAUCCAAAAAUA